UCGGUUGCUAAGCACCGCACAGAGAACGGAGAGGAAAAGUAUUUUUAGACUCCGGACGGAGUUUUAUGAAGUAACGUUAAUUUAACACAUUCAGCUUAAUGCGUUAGCAACAACGUUGGGAUAGGGUCUGUUUUAUACUAUUAACUGCCCGUAAUUGGACGGAAAUGGGUCGGUUUAAGUGUCGACUCAGUCAUAACAGUGGACUACCUAACAAACGAGAUACACCUUUGAAAACAGCACUGAGAAGACGGGACAAGAGCAGAAGACUUCUGCCCAACAAGCAUUAUGAAGCAUUUCCAGAGGAACCUGAGGUGGAGGAAAAUAAUAUCCUCACCGGCAGCUCAACAAACCCAGUUCUGACUAGCAAUAAGCCUGCCCACUGCAAGUCUGUGUUACGCUCGGGCAGCCCUGCAUUUGCUGAAAACCCCAGAGGAAAGGCUUUUUCGCCUCCUUCACCAGCUAAUAAAAAAUCUGGCCGCCAAAUGUCACUAGCAGGUCAUCCAGCUAUUCAGAUGACUCCUGACGCAGGGGUUCUUAAAGGUGGUGAAAUGGCAGAAGAAGAGCCAAACUUUGCAACUUCGCAAAGCAUCACAUCUUCUAGCAUGGAGUCAGACACAACUUUCAGCUCUGAUGAUGAUGAUGAGGAAGACUGUUACUCCUCUGCCUCUUCAGCUUCCAGCAGUCUUCCGUCCCCGGAAAUCUUUAGAAAAGAUGACUAUGUGGAAACGCUGACGUUCCCCGUUAAGGAGGAGCUGCUGGGUCCCUAUCUUCACAUAAAAAACUCCACCCUGCUGGAUGUGAGCCACGCUGAGAGCAUCCACAUGCAUCACCUCCCCAACCUUUCUAUCAUCGAUGUCUCUGCUAUUCCUGCUGAAAACAACUGUGAAAUCAACCCACACAGGGGACCAGAAGCUGAGACAGACAAAGCCUUCAAGUUGAAAACGCCACCAGAACUCGCCAACAGAAGGCCCAUUUUGUAUAAGAAGAAGGUAUGGUUCAAAAGCCCCAUGAUUGCAGAUAUCUUUGAAGUGAAACACAGCCCAACCACCAAGUUAACAAUUCACAAUGCCAGUGAGUCAGUCCAAACAUCUGAGCAUGGGAUACCUGACGCAGACACAUCCAGAGCAGGUGAGAUCAAUUCCAAAGAAGAGGCAUUACGACUGAUGGUGAGGCUGAAAAGGCCUGUAAAAAGUAGCCCAGGAAAAGCCAAGUUCUUUGACUUUAGUGACAACAGCGACAGGGAUGCAUUCUUUCAAGGGAUGAGAGAAAGGUGUGUUAAACUCAUAAGUGCCGCUUCAUUUCCUCUUGGAGCUGCUAAGUGCACAGAACCUUGUAUGCAAAGAUUUGAGCUUUCUCCCAUAAUCUAGUUUGAAGAGGUUUGAGUAUGAAAUAUCCUGUGUAGGAGAUUUCUGUGUGUACUUCAAAACAAGAUGUCAAGACUUGUAAAAUAUGUAUGAGUCUGUCUAAAUGUCUAAAAUACAUAAUUGGUUCUUUGAAUACAUUUUUUUUAAAUGAAAAUACACUUUUCAAUGUACUAUUUUCACUCACAGUUAAGCACCCAAACCAUCUCCUGAUU